AUGAGCAAUACAGCUUUUGAUCUGAGCGGUAAGUCGGCGGUCAUCACGGGCGGAAAUGGCGGCAUCGGACUCGGCAUAGCGGUCGGACUGGCGGAUGCGGGCGCCGACAUACUCGUCGCGGCGCGCAACAAGGCGAAGACCGACGCAGCGGUGAAGCAGCUUCAGGCGCUCGGCGUGCGCGCCGUCGGCACAACCACGAAUGUGCAGCACGAAGAUGAGGUCGCCGACAUGGUGAAGCUGGCGCUCGAUGAGUUCGGCAGCUGGACAUUCUUGUGA